AUGAACCCUACAGCAGCAGCCAAUGUGUGGAGUUCAAUGUCUGGGUGGAUCUCCAGUUGGCUUCCAUCCUGGUGUCCCACCUCCCUCUCUCAGCUGAAGGACGCAGAAGACAAAAUGCUCAAAUGUAAGAGUACUCCAUUCUCCCGGCAGCAUGUCCAGAUAUCAAACGUCAACCAUCUCUGGACCUUAGCCUUCAACUCCCAGCCCCAGCUCCGUCCUCCCCUGGUGCUGCUCCAUGGGUUUGGGGGUGGUGCGGGUCUGUGGGCCCAGAACCUGGACUCUCUGUGUGGGAGUGGAGCCAUGAAUGCCCUGAAUCUGCUGUGGUUUGGACAGAGCAGCCGGACCCUGUUCAGCGUGGACCCCCAAGGGGCAGCAGAGCAGUUCCUAGGGGCCCUGGAGGAGUGGAGGGACAGGGUGGGCCUGGAGGAGAUAGUCCUGCUGGGACACAACCUGGGAGGAUACCUGGCUGCUGCUUACACACUUACACACCCACACAGGGUAAAGCACUUGAUCCUGGUGGAGCCCUGGGGGUUCCCGGCCUAUCCAGAGAGUCUAGAUCAGGAGAAGUCUAUCCCAGUGUGGAUCAGAGCCAUGGGGGCUGUCAUGAGUCCCUUCAACCCCCUGGCUGGACUUAGACUGGCCGGACCACUGCGUUCGAUAUACACACACACACACCGUAAGCUCGUGUACUACACAUAUAUCGCAUACACUACAUGCAUGCACACACACACAAGUGGAAAGAAUUGCCACAUGUUUCAAAACCAAAGGUGUUAAUAUAACAUAUUCC